AAGUGGUUGAGAAAAUUUCUUUAUCCGAAGUUGUCGAUUAUGUCACCAGCAAAGCUGCUAAUCUUGAGCACGAUGAUAUGCUAUCCUUCAAUCUUUGCGUUGAGCUUGAUAAUGUAUUGGUUACUGCACAUGAUGCAAAAAAUAUGGUAAAGUUAAUAGUGGACGAGAUCGAGGGAUUUGAUGGAUAUGAUUGGGUAUUCACAACUGGACCUGAAAUGUUAUUAUGCCAUUAUGAACAUGAAAAACCUGUCGAUAUUACUACCCCACCGGAAGUAAAGCACGAAAUUAUGCAAAAUCUUCAUAUGGAUCCU